GGUGGCCCUACCGCCGCAGUCGUUGCCUUCCAGAACCCGCACAUCAAGGUCACCGUUGUGGACCGAGACGUGACCAGAAUCCGCAGAUGGAACUCCCGCCACCCUCCCAUCUACGAGCCUGGCCUGCACGACAUUGUCCGCAUUGCCCGUGAUGGCGGCCGCGAGACCAACAUUUCUGGCCAGCCCAGCGACGAGAUCGUCUCGGAGAAGGGCGAGACCUCAGUUGCUCGACGAGAGCCCAACCUCUUCUUCAGCACUGAUGUCGCCGGCCACAUUGCCGAGGCCGACAUCGUCCUCGUGGCUGUCAACACCCCCACCAAGGAACGCGGUGUUGGUGCCGGCAGCGCCACCGACAUGACUGCCUUCGAGGCUGUUACCGGCUUUGUGGCCCAGUACGCUCGUGAGGGCGCCAUCAUUGUCGAGAAGAGCACAGUUCCUUGCCGAACUGCCCAGCUGGUGGCCGACACUCUUGCCAUGCACCGUCCUGGCGUCCACUUCGAGAUCCUGUCCAACCCUGAGUUCUUGGCUGCUGGAACUGCCGUCAAUGACCUUCUAUACCCCGACAGAAUCCUCAUCGGCUCCGCCCCUACUCCUUCUGGCAAGCGAGCUGCCGAGGCUCUGCUCGAGGUCUACGCUGCUUGGGUUCCCCGUGAGCGCAUCCUGACCACCAACGUGUGGUCUUCUGAGCUUGCCAAGUUGGUCGCCAACUCGAUGCUUGCCCAGCGAAUUUCCAGCAUCAACUCAAUCUCCGCCGUUUGCGAACAAACUGGUGCUGAUGUCGACGAGGUCGCCCGCGCCAUUGGCGUCGAUCCCCGUAUCGGUAACAAGUUCCUGAUGGCCGGUAUUGGUUUCGGUGGUAGCUGCUUCAAGAAGGAUGUCCUCAACCUUGUGUAUCUGGCCGACACCAUGGGCCUGCCCGAGGUUGGCGAAUACUGGAGACAGGUCGUCAAGAUGAACGAGUACGCUCGUGACCGAUUCACCAACCGUGUCAUCAAGUGCCUCAACAACACCCUUGUAGGUAAAAAGGUUACCAUUCUCGGAUAUGCCUUCAAGAAGAACACAUCAGAUACCCGUGAGGCACCUGCUCUGGAAAUGAUCAAGACAUUGCUGGAAGAGCGCCCUCGCGAGAUUGCCGUCUUUGACCCUUGCUGCAACCCAUUCGUCGUUAAGAACGAAAUCAAGGCCCUCCUCGGACCUCAAACUACAGCCAGUGUCCACGUCUAUGGAAAUGCCUACGACGCUUGCAAGGACAGCACCGCGGUCGUCAUCGCUACCGAGUUCGACGAGUUCCGCAACCAGCCUGUUGCCAAGCCCGCUCCGGCUCCUGUGGAUCAGCCCGCUCCCAAGAUGCUUGGCCGCAAGCCCAACCCCAAGACAGACCCAAGACCGUUCAAGGAGUCGACUCCCACAGAGAACGACCUCUUGGCACUGCACAAGCACUUGGUGCAGCGCGAUGGUCAGACCUCUGAGGACCCUCUGGAUCGAUUCAAUGUCGAGCCAGACUGCGACGACGACUGCCCUGACUGUAUCCAGGCGAGGGAGUCCAAGGAGAACGGCUUUGCCACUGGAAUGGGCAGCGCCGAGGAGUACAAGCCCAAGGAGCGAUUGGACUGGGUGCGCAUUGCCGAAACCAUGGCCAAGCCUCGAUGGGUGUUUGAUGGCCGUGGUGUCAUCGACUCUCGUGAGAUGGUGAAGCUGGGCGUUCGCGUAGAGAGCGUCGGUCGCCAGCACCGAUUCUAA